GGCCUCCACCAUAAUUUCUAGGGUUUAGCACACAGGCGAUCAUCGAUCAAAAUGGAUUGGGGCAAUGUAACCGGAGAAGAUCUGAUCGAGGCCCUCCGCGAGGUCGACUGGUCAUCGCCUCCUCGGCCACUCUCUGAAUUCUUCUCCAGGUUCACCGUCCCCCGAUCCUAUUCCAAAUGGGACAGUCGCCUCAAGUGCAAUCUCUACUAGUACGAAUUCUCCAAUUCAUGCGCUGUGUAUAUGUGUGUGUGUGUGUGGAAAUCGUGUUUGAAAUAAUCGGUUUUGCUGUUUAUGACUGUAUUUGUAUGCUCUGUUUGUCUGCUGAGAAUUAGAGGAGGAAACGAACAACGCGCGAACAAUUCGAAUUCUUAUCUUUUCCGUGAUAUGAAACUAUAUCAACUCAAGUUAAGUUCUUUAUAAAGUAUGGGGCUCAAUUACGUUUUUAGUGUUUUCGGCCUUAGGUUUGGGAUUUGAUGUAAGGCUUGAAUUUACACUCCUGUAACAUUUUUUUACUUUCUUAUUAAUUAAGCUUUUAGGCUUGCGUUUGUUGAUUAUGAGCUGCUUUUUGUGUUUACUUGUUUUGUAUUUUCCAUUCUUGCAGCUAUAGGACGAAUUAUUUUAUCAUGAUUGUAUUCAUUCUUGGAAUGGCUUUUUUGAGAAGGCCCCUUGCUAUUGUUGCUGCACUAUUGACAGCUCUAAGCAUCACAUUUCUAAAUGACAGCUUUGCAGGUACUUUUAGUGAAAAGGUAACAAGAAGUGUGAGGCAGUUUUCUCCACAUUUAGCUGCAAAAAUGAGGCCCCCACUUACGCCUGUUAUCCGUCGGCGUCCAUCAGCUAAAAGGGAGAUUUACAUAUGUGGACAGCCUCGUUGGGUGUUUGUUUUGGUAUUCUCUGCUGUGAGUUUCAUUCUUUGGUUUGUUUCUUGUGGCCUCUUAACUGUUCUAUGGGCAUUUGCCAUUGGCCUUCUUGCCACUAUCAUCCAUGCAAGCUUUAGAACACCUAACUUGAAAGCUCGUCUGAACACAUUCCGUGAGGAAUUCCGUGCAGUUUGGCGCAAUUAUAGUGAGCUGUAGCUUGUUUAAAUUUUGUUUGCACGCGAUUAAUGGCGGAUUGUACAUUGUCUCGAACUCAUGUUUCAGUUAAGCACUGUGUAUUUAUGAUGCAUAUUUUAAGAAUUCUCUGGGAUGUCUACAAGGCAGUUGCUAAAAGAUUUCUUAGUUUUAUGACCUGCAUGAAAAUCCCUUCUUAGUGUAUUUUGGAGAAUCGUGGAAACAUUCUCAGUAGUUUGUAUCUUGUGCCAGUGACUAUCUUGUUAAUUCGUUCGUCAAUCGAAUGCACACAAUAUACCUCUGGUAUUUGAU